AUGGAGAUGAAAGGAUUACCACUCGAUUAUUCUUCCUUUUGUCUUACAGUGUUUCUUUCACUCUUGUGUUUCACUCAUGGCGAUUUAAGCUAUUCGAUUCCCGAGGAGAUGAAACGCGGAUCAGUGGUUGGAAACAUUGCCAAAGAUUUCAAUCUCGAUUCUAAGACACUCGCCACUAGAAAAGCCCGACUGGAUACAGAUGGUGUCAGCAAACGUUUUAUUGACAUAGAUAUGGCAACUGGAUCCCUUAUUGUCACAGAGACAGCGGAUCGGGAGGAGCUUUGCGGUUCGCGGAUGUCUUGUAUUUUGAACUAUGAACUUAUCCUCGAGAAACCUUUAGAACUGCAUGCCAUUGUCGUGCAAAUUCUAGAUAUCAAUGACCAUGCGCCACAGUUUUCUCGAGAGCAAAUAAAUAUUGAAAUUCAAGAAUCGGUCGAAAAAGGAACACAGUUUCUAGUGGGUGAGGCACACGACGCCGAUAUUGGACAAAAUGGAGUUGAAAGAUAUUCCCUCGACAAGAAUGAUCAUUUCGCUUUACUUGUUCGUCCGAAUCCAGACGGAGGCAAGUAUGUAGAGCUGGUGUUAAAUAAUAAACUGGACCGUGAACAGCAACAGGAACACACCCUGUUACUUACUGCCAUUGACGGUGGGACUCCUCAGAGAACAGGCACUGUAACUAUUCAUAUAUCUGUCCUAGAUGCCAAUGAUAAUGUACCAGUAUUUAGUCAGCCAGUCUAUAUAGUAAAUAUGUCUGAAAAUGCACCUCUAGGUACUGUAGUGGUCACAGUCAGUGCCACAGAUGCUGACGAGGGCCCAAAUGGCGAGGUGACCUAUGAAUUCAAUAGAUUAUCCGACAAAGCUGCGAGACUCUUUUCAUUAAAUAAAAUGACGGGGGAAAUAAAGGUCGACGACUUGAUAGACUUCGAAGAAGAAUCUUACUAUGAAAUGCGCAUUCAGGCCACAGAUGGAUUAGGAUCAGCUUCUAAUGCAAAGGUGGUCGUACAAAUCAUGGAUUUGAAUGAUAACGCCCCUGACAUUAUUGUGAAAUCACUUACCAAUCCCAUCCCCGAAAACACAGUUCCAGGCACAGAAGUAGGCAUCAUAAAUGUGCAAGACAAAGAUUCAGGCGUAAAUCGUCAGGCCAUCUGCUCCAUUCAGCAAAGUGUUCCUUUCAAGUUAAAUCCCUCAAUUAAAAAUUAUUAUUCUAUUGUAACUACACAUGAACUUGAUCGAGAACUUGUAUCUGACUUUAAUAUAACUAUCACAGCGACGGAUGAAGGCACUCCACCGUUAUCUUCCUCCAAAUCAAUUCAAUUAAAAAUAUCAGAUGUUAAUGACAACCCACCUACUUUUAAAGAACAAUCUUACAGCGCUUAUGUUGCGGAGAAUAACAAACCAGGUUCUUCAAUGUGCGCUGUUAGUGCGAGAGACCCGGACUGGAGACAGAACGGCACAGUGGUAUACUCUUUAGUGCCUACUGACGUUUAUGGUCAUCCGGUGACGUCUUUGAUCUCAAUCAAUGGAGACACAGGAGUGAUUCAUUCUGUGAGGUCGUUUGACUACGAGAAGUUUAAAAGUUUUCGGUUUCAUGUCUUAGCCAGAGACAAUGGUUCCCCUCCGCUUAGCAGUAACGUGACUGUCAGUGUCUUUUUAACCGAUGAGAAUGACAACUCUCCUCAGAUAUUGUAUCCUUCCGGAGAACGAAAUUCUGUAAUGACUGAAAUGGUCCCGAAAGGCCUGCUUUCCGGCUCUCUGGUCUCCAAGGUGAUUGCUGUAGAUGCUGACUCUGGACAGAAUGCCUGGCUCUCCUAUGAAAUUGUCAGAUCGACUGAUCCAGGGCUUUUCACCAUUGGGCAUCAUAGUGGAGAGAUAAGAGCACAACGAGACAUUUCUGAAUCUGAUGGCAUGAAGCAAAAUCUUCUUGUCGCAGUUAAAGACAAUGGACAGCCAUCCCUCUCAACCACAUGUACGGUAUAUCUACUCAUAUCCGAUAACUUGGCGGAAGUUCAAAACCUUGAAGAUAUGGCGUACGAACAGAACAGUUCUAAACUGACGUUGUAUUUGAUCAUUUCAUUAGUCUGUGUUUCUACCUUCUUCGUGAUAUUCAUGAUUCUCAUCAUAACUAUGAGACUUUGCAGUAGGACAAAGCCUAGACUGUCUUAUGAUGGAGCGAUAGCUGUUCCAAGUGCUUAUUUACCUCCAUGUUACGGUGAAAUCGAGGGAGUUGGAACUCUCCGGAGUUCUUACAAUUGUGAUGCGUACUUAACUACAGGAUCGCGCACAAGUGACUUUAAGUUCCUAAGAUCCUACAAUGAAAGCACUCUGUCAGCUGAACAUACGCUGGCUAAAAGCCCAAAUGAUUCGGUCGAGAGUAGGAAACCUGACAUGGGGACUGAAGGUGAUUUUAAUGAGGUAAGCAGCAAAUACCAAAGGUGCAUUCAUGUGAAGCAAAUCUGA